CAUCCGAUUUCGAUCGAGCCUGUGUCACUGGGAUAUUCUUUUCUGAACUUGGAGUCCCGGAGCUCUUUACUAUGAGAAAUCGACCUCACUAAGCAGUUUCCUCAGAUUGCUUUCGAUGAAGAGUUCUUCCUCGGUCUCCGCCGAAAUCCCCGAGACAACAUUUCGGUCUGGUCCAGGCACCGCCGAUACAACAAGGGAACGUUCGCGUUUGUGACAGAUGUCCCCAACAGGCCCACAGUCUCUGGGCAUCUGUCCCCGGGUCUCGGGUGAUAAGUCGCUGGUUACACUCUUGUUAUCAUGGCGUUACUCUUAAGAAUGGGCUGCGCCCCCUUUGCUCCUUGCUACCUUUUUUUCACUCAAUUUCCGUGUCUACCAAAUCCGCCAACUCUCCUACAUUGGCUCUCUCCCCUCUACCUCCCCUCUCUUACUUCAGAUCAGAUUGAUAGACCUCCAAAGGUCACUAGAACGACACACUCACAAUGCCGUCCAACGAGGGCCUUGUCUCGCUUGCGCGCGAGUUCCGCGUUCUGAUCGUCGGUGGCUCCUACGGUGGAUUGGCGUCAGCCAUGACGCUGAUAGAUCUCUGCCGUGGUCGUCUCGCUCGUUUCAACUUUACGCCCAAUGCACAGCCCCCUCAACAUCGCAUACCCAUCCAGAUCACAUUAGUGGACGAGAGGGAUGGAUACUAUCACCUCAUCGGCUCCCCCAAGGCACUCGCCUCAGAGAAAUACGCCUCGAAGACUUGGAACAGAUUUGUGGACAUUCCUGCCUUGAAGACUCCAGACAUCAAAUGGAUCCAGGGAAGUGUCCACUCCGUGGACUGCCAGCGGAAGGUGGCGCAGAUCCUCGAUAGCCAGACGAGACGAUCGAGGGAAGAGAAGUACGACUUCCUGAUCGCUGCAUCUGGAUUACGCCGCGCUUUCCCGACGGUACCACAGUCCCUGGAGCGUCAAGAGUUCCUGGAAGAGACAAAAAGGAAUGUUGAAGCCAUCCAGAACGCAAAGGAAGGCGUGGUGGUGGUUGGAGGGGGUGCCGUCGGUGCUGAGAUGGCCGCUGAGUUGAAGGAUCUUUACCCCAACCAGAAGAUCACCCUGAUCCAUUCUCGCGAUCACCUCCUUUCUGCCGAGCCUCUGCCUGAUGCGUUCAAAGAGCGCAUCUGCACUAUCCUUCGCGAGCAGGGGGUAACAGUCAUCCUCGGACAACGCGUUGUCGACACCACUGCUGUUGAGACGGAGGGAGGACGCCGCGUCUGGCAGCUUACUCUCUCCGACGGCACCAAGCUCACGGCUGGCCAUGUGAUGAACGCCGUCUCGAAGAGUGUUGCGACUUCCACUUAUCUGCCUAGAGAGGCAUUGAACGAGGAAGGACUCGUCAAGAUCAGACCCUCCCUGCAAUUUCCGGACAAUGUUCCCAACGCAGAUGACCACUUUGCUGUGGGCGAUAUUGUUUCGUGGUCGGGGAUCAAACGCUGUGGCGCUGCCAUGCACAAGGGUCAUUACGCAGCCACCAAUGUCCAUCAGCGCAUGAUAGCACAGGCUUUGAACACUAAGCCGGAGUUUGUCAACCUGCAGCCGCACCCGGCCGUCAUGGCUAUUGCUCUGGGUAAGAACGCUGUCGCAUAUGACUCGGAGGGUGGGCUGCAGGACGGUGCGAAGACCUACGCUACCAUGUUUGGUGACGACAUGGGCUUCAGCAUCUGCUGGAACUACAUGAAGCUGGGUGAGCCUUGCCAGGCUUAGACCUGACUUUGAUCUCUAAUCAUGUCUCUGACAAAGCAGGCCUUUGUCAAAUAUGGGAUUGAACAAGACAGUAACUGGCCAGUCGACUUGAGGAAAAUGACUAUAGAGUCACGAUUAUGGAGUGCUAUUUGAGCACUAACUAUAUAAGCAAGCAUGUUUGAGACGAUCUGAACUUGAAUAUUUGUGAUCUUCAUUAGCUAGAUAGCUAUU